ACAAAAAACAAGCCCGGCACGCCACGCCCACCUCGCCUCCCGUCCGUCCCACGCCGCGUCCCCCACCCGACCCGGCCCAACCAGCUACCAGCCCCUACCCUCCGGCCACCGGGGAUGGACCGCCUCGUCGCCUUCUCCCGCCGCCGCCGCCGCUGGAUCCUCCUCGCCGCGGCCGGCGCGGCGGCGGCCGUCGGCGCGUACAAGAUCUACCACCACCCGGCCGUCGCGGCGCGCCGCCGCCGCCUCGUGCGCCUCGCCGCGGCGGUCGCGGCCUUCGCCGACGCCGCCGCCUCGUCCGCGGACGCCGCGGCGCUGGUCGCCUCCGACCUCGCCGACUUCGUCCGGUCCGACUCGGACGAGGUGCCCCGCAGCGUCAGGCAGCUGGCCAAGCUCGCCGCCUCCCCCGAGGUCUCCGCCACCGUCUCCGCCCUGUCGGAGGCGGUGGCCUCCGGGGUACUUCGCGGCGCGGGGUCAUCUGGCUCCGCCCCCGGGCCCGGCGGCGCCGUGGCCCUCUCCGAUCGCCUCGUCGACAAGCUCUUCUCCGACUCCGGCGAGCGCCUUGCUUCCGCCGUCGCCGGGAGCUUCGCCCGACAUCUCGUGCUCGCCUUCUACUCCACCCCCUCGGCUCCGGGCGAGGCCUCCUCCUCCCCCACGAUGUGGGUCAACGUGGUGGCGACCGGGAAGUGCCGUAAGGCGAUUAGCAACUGGGUCGAGGUGUUCGUGGGCGCCGCCGUGAGGGAGUUCAUUGACAAGACCAUCCAUAUCAACACCUACGAGCAGCUAUUCGAAGGGCUCACCAAUCCGAAACACGAUGCCAAGGUCAAGGAAUUGCUUGUUUCGGUGUGCAAUGGGGCGGUCGAGACUUUGGUGAAGACCACUCAUCAUGUCAUGUACAAUACCAAUGAUAAAUUGGAUGCCAGUGGCGAUGGAAACGGUGGAGUUGGGGAAGGGUGGGUGGAGACAGUAUCGAGCACGUUGGCAGUUCCUAGCAACAGGAAGUUUGUGCUUGAUGUUACUGGGAGAGUAACAUUUGAGACAGUGAGGUCAUUUCUGGAGUUUGUUCUCUGGAAGCUGCAGGAUGGAGCAAGGAAGGGCGGGGACACCGUGGUUGACAGUGGGCUGCGUGUCGUGAGGUAUAUGAGCGAUAAGUCUAUGGUUAUUGCUACGGUCUGCAUCACAUUGUGCUUGCAUGUCUUGAAUGGGACUAGGCUCUUGGUCACAGCUUGAAGGUGUAUAUGACAGUUCAUUCAGCUUGCAUGAUCUAGCACAUUGUUUGUAUAAUACUGUAGGUAAUCAUACUGUGACUGUAAAUCCAAAUACGAAGAAGAGUGGAAGAAGAUGAAUUGUGCUGCAAGAUUCUGGUGUAUCGAAUGUUUGAGAUUGAUUUAGCACAGGUAUAGUGAGACAAUGGUUGAUCUGUUGUACUGCCUGUUGGCAACCAUAUUAGAUGUGUGGUAAUGCUUUAAGAAUUCUUUUUUGUUUUAUCAGUGUGAUAUCAAAUGGUAUCAUGGGAAUUUACAGUUGCUCCAACAAAUUAUCGGCUUUGUGCCUAUUGUUGUCUGUGAUGUAUAGCAGAGCUUGCCUUCUCACAGCA